UCAACGUAGUUUACUGUGAAAAGUGAAAGAAUCUUUCUGGACACUUUAAAAACAUCUGGUAAACAUAACAAAAUGGUUUGUUUGAGGCAGAUUUGUUUACUCACACAAAGAUAUUGCCAAGUUCGGGCUCUGAGCAGUGACUUGCUUCUAAGCCAGAUAAAUAGCUGCACCCAUGAAGAUGAACUGUUUGGUCUCAUUGGAAAGAACAAGGCCAGGCUUUCUGAAAAGCACGUGGGAAGUGCACUCAAUGUGCUGUGGCAAUUACAGAAAAAGAAGCCACUUCCACUGAGGACUAGCAACUAUAUAAGAAAUCACUCCCAGUUUUUUAUCCUUCGCGUUUUGGCAGAAAACAAAGUAGAGCGUAUGGAAAAUGAUGUUGUGGUGGACAUCCUAUACAGUAUUCUGAGGCUGAAUGUUGAAGACCAUGAUUGUCUAGCAGAAGCACUUGUUACAGAAGCAUGGAAAAGAUUAGAAAGACUUAGUCUCCCUGCUCUGUCUAAAUUUGCACUGUGUUUAUACAAGCAGCACAUGUAUUUUAGUCCCCUACUUGGCAAAAUAGCUCAUAUUGUGGACACGAAACUAGAUUCUAUACAUGAUAUAAGGAUCUUGUCAGUUUUGAUGAUCAGCAUAUCUGAUGUUAUCUCACUGAGUUUUCGAGAUCGACUGAUACAGAAGGCCGAAGAGCUCUUGGGGGCAGAGGAUGAAGACCACUUCAACUAUGCCAGGAGAAUAGUACAGUUUCUUCAAAAUGUUAAACUGGCGCAUCGUCCAUUGCUAGAAAAAUGCAACAAGAUUUUUCUUAAAAGUGCCUGCCAUCUUGAUAUACACAAUAUUUGUCUUAUUUUUGGACUAUAUGAGCAGCUUGGUUUUGACAAUGCUGAAUUUCGCUUGAUUACUAAACAGUUGCUGUCCAAAUCUAUAGAUGAUUACAAUGAUCCUGAAACUUUUACAAAAUUAUUUUUUGCUCUUGGGCCUAUGGCAGGACCCAAGGUAAGAGAAAGGUUGCUGGCUACUGCAGUGAGCAUGGCAGAAGAACUUAGCAGUUAUCAAGUAUUAGUAAUACUAAAGACAAUGCAGAAGAUGAAAUGUAAAAAUUCUCAUCUACUCCAAAAAGUGGCUUCUAUUCUGCACAAACAUUUGGAUAACUAUCAUACAAUACAAUUGGUAAAGCUAACGCAGUACUUGGUAUUGCUGGGUUGCCACGAUCUGGAGCUGUUUGGCAAACUAAAAAAGUUGUUGUUUGGUUUUUUAGUAUCUAGUGUCAUACCUGCUGAUAUUGCUGCAAUAAUUCGUGUUGUGGCCAUGCUUCCUUCCACUCAGGUGGAGGAAGUCCUUUUAACGAGAGCAGCUGCGGUCCUGCCCCAGUGCAGGCUCCCCGAUUUGAACAGCAUCGCUGCAGCCCUUGUCCGAUGGAAUCACUACGGGCAGCCGCCGGGGCAGAGCCUUUCGGAGCUGUGUGCUGGGCUUCUGCAGGAACUCAACCACUGGGGCUCUCGGCGACUCCGGGGCACCAACAGCUUGGACCUGCUGCUAGAGGAACUCACGUACGUGAACAGAGGAGGAUGGUUUGAAGAAGUCCUCUGUGAAGAAACUAUGUCCGCCUGUCAGCGCUUGCUCGACCAAGUAACACGGGCAAAUGUGCUACAGUUUUCUUUUUUUCUUAUAAAAGCAAACCACCGCUGUGUUCCAUUACUUGACAGAAUAGCUUCUGUGACUCUCCAAAAUAUAGACAAGAUCCAUCCAUUUGAAAUAUAUUUUAUCCUCUACCUUUUCUCUAUUCUGAACUAUGACUCUCCUGCCAAUGAAGAGUUCUUUGAGAAUUGCAUCCAACAUCUUAUGCUUAACUUGAGUUGUUUUGAAAGCCACUACUUGGUGCUGCUUGGCCACAUUUUGGCAGUGGCUGGCUACUUCCCUCCAGUUCUGAUAAAGAUGAUAUUUAAUGUCUCUUUCCUAAGUAAAUUGGAUGCUGAGCUUGAAGUCCUGCCUGAUACCUCAAAGCAGAAGGUCCGCGCGUGCCUCAUGAAGCUGAACAGAGCAGUCUGCCUGGAAUGCCCUGAGUUUCACAUCCCAUGGUUUCACGAGCACUAUUGCCAGCAUGUCUUGUUUAAAGGUAGUAGAAGAAUAAAUUCACUGAGGCAUGUUCACCGGAUGCUGACAGAGAUCUUAGGAGGAAGCAAUUACCUAAAAAUAUCUGUUCUCACACCAUACUGCUAUGAAAUAGAUUUUGAAUGCAUUCUGGAUAAAAAUAAAAGGCCUCUUUCGUAUAUGUCUCAGAAUAUACUUUUGGGUGAUAUGGAGGGAAUACAUUCAAAACGUGGCAUCAAGGACACUGCUCUCCCACCAGGCGCUCAGAGAAUUGCCUUGGAAUUUCUCGAUCCAAAAGCCUUUAGCAAGGAUUCACAUCACGUGAAAGGAGAAUCUGCAGUAAAAAAACGACACCUGGAAAUGUUGGGGUAUCGAGUAGUUCAGAUUCCUCACUUUGAAUGGAAUUCUAUGGUACUGUCAACAAAAGAAGCACAGCUGGAAUAUCUGAAAAAGCAUCUCUAUGAAACACAGUGAUGCUGAAGACAUGUAAUCAGUUUAUCUUCUUGCAACCCUAAAAUAGGUAAUUUCCAAAAUCUCUUUAGGAGUCAGCUGGACCAAG